AUGGAUAUGCUAUUUUGGAAUUGCCGUGGAGCUGGAAAUAAUAAGUUCAAGAGGACCGUGAAAGAACUGAUCAAAACUCAAAAACCUGAUAUUGUAGUGCUUAUGGUAACUAAAGUGGCCCUCCAAUCCAUGGGUAUGUUCUUUAACACCCUUGGUUUUACAGCAUCUCCAUAUGUUGACCCUAUUGGUAGAAAUAGAGGUAUUUGGAUGUUGUGGAACCCCAACAAUGUUAAUGUUCGACUCUCAGAAGCUAACUCACAAAUGACCCUUGCCACCAUCUCUAGACAGAACCAUCCUGAAUGGCUGUUAUCGGCAGUCUAUGCAAGCCCAAAUCCCAGAGUUCGUGAUGAACAAUGGGAAAACUUGGAUGAAAUAGCCAAGGAUAUGAAUAUGCCGUGGCUUGUUGUUGGAGACUUCAAUGGCUAUGCUAGUUGUGCUGAGAAAAGAGGGUUCACUAUGACUCAAAAUCAAGAUCAAAAUCUCAACCAGAGCCAGAGACGUACUCGGAAGUUUAAUGAUAGGAUCAACAACUGUAAUCUCAUGGACCUCGGCUGCAUUGGUCUAAGCCUCACUUGGUCUAACAAUAGACAAGGCUGGCCAACACUUUAG